AUGGAAACCUUUUGUCGAUGCCUAAUUUCUGCUAUAAAUGGACACCGGGGUUGGUCGAGCGACAGCAACAAGCAGUCACCGCCGCAAACACAACCCCGCUCACUCCAACAUAGAUAGGUUACCAGGGUGGCCAGUCUCGAUCAAAAUUCCAGUCUCGAUCUAGAUCCAGACCAGAUCAAGAGACAAGCAGCCAUGCGCCUAUACACGCGCGGUGACACAAGAUUCCAUCCCACACGAAAAGCCCCUCAGCCUCCCAGUACGAAGACGGACGUGGAGUCCCAGAGCAAACAGCUUGAGGCCAAGAGAAAAAGCCUGUACCAGAAAGUCGAUACCACUGGCGUCCUGACACUGUUCCUCGGUCCGCCAGUGCUUCUACUGGCAGUCACAUUUCUAGUUCUCUUCUGGUGGGAGUCGAUGAAGGCAAUCAACGGAGGGGACCCCGAGGUCUACUGGUUCCGCAUAGUGGAUGCAGACUGGGCGACUCGACUGAUUACAAUAUGCACCACUGCCAUCCGGACCGUAGUGUCUUUCCAGGCAGGUCUCGCUACCGCAAUGGUGGCGGGCGUUGUUCUGGAGACGAAAGGGAUCCCCCUCCUCCAGGGACCACUAUACUCCAUCCUGCGCGCGGUCAAGGCGGCCCCCAGCAGCCUGUUCACGGCGACCGAUUUCCGGCCUCAUCUCCCACCGUUCGUCUCUACCCUCGUCGUCGCCGAGGUGCUGGUGACCGCCGCCUCCCAGUUCCUCUCCACCAUCUACCUGUCAGAUUUUACCAGCAGCACGUUCACCCAGAGCAAUAACUCGACGAAUGUCAGCCUUCUUGACACCGAAUAUAAUACGGCCAGCGGCUGGUGGACGAUGCGACCCGCGGCAAGCUGGACAUUCGCCGAGCUGUCGGAGCCGUUCAAAGAGGGAUCCAAUUUCCACGACACCGGACACACCUACCGGGCUCUCCUCCCCUUCGAGGAGGAGGAGCAACGGACAAAGCUGCGUAGGUACCAGGGCCCUGCGCCCGUCAUGGAUCAGCGGGUGAUCUGCGCGGCGCCGCCUCUGGUGAACAUGCGCCUCGACGCGACCGACCAGGACGAGAUACGCAUCUCUGGACAGAUCCCGAUGCAGAACCUGUCCUACCCAUUGUCCUUAGGCCAGGACUCUUAUGGGCCUGCGAACUUCACCUGCAAACUGCCCAGCCCGCUCGUCUGGACGAUUGACACGGUGGGGCAAAGCAGCAUGUGCAUCGCCACCCAGCAACGCAACUGGACGAUCUUCUCCACGGAAGAUCCCCUCGUCCAGCCAAAUGGGUAUGCCACUGCGUCCGUGAUGUACCUGGUCCUGGAUAUCGUGUCGAUGGCCUCGGUCAUCCGCGCCGGUUCGCAGAAUGUCGCUGCGCGGGUCGCAGGCAACGACGGGCCCUGGGCGAUCGUGACCCAUGGGAACGACACGAGGACGCUGCGGGCCUCCGCCUGCUUGAUCAACGUGGCUGUCCAGACCAUCGUCGUGGGACUGAACAGCUCCUCGGACAACUCGGAGCCGACGAUCAGCUGGGACCGGGCCACCAACAGCUACAACACGGAAGCCGCACGACGCCAGCUGGGCGCAUCGCGCACCCGCGAGAGCUUAACCAGCCGGGGGGUGCUCAGCCUCGAGCCCCGGUCCCAAUGGGGCACCGUUCUGCCCCUCAACGAUUCGGCCUCGGGGGACACGGACCUGCCGGCGUUUUUUCUGGCCGUGGACGUUAGCCUGCCGACCCUGCUGAUGUCUACCGCCAAUUACACCUACAGCCCGGGCGUGCUGCUGGCCGAGGACGGCACGGGGUUCUACAGCGGGAGCGCCGAGAACACUCACGUCGAGAUGUUCCAGGAUACGCUCAACACGACAGCGAGCCCCGCGCUGGCCGUCCAGGUCGUGCUGGCCCGGAUUUUCCAGAUGGCCUACUACGAGCAGCUGGUCAAGAUGGCCGGCACCGCCACCGUGUCGACCGGCUUCUCCGUCUCCUCCUCCAUCCCCUCGCAAUGGACCGGCUUCAUCAUCGGCACUACGCUCAUCGCGGCCCACGUCGUCAUCGUCACGAUCAUCACCGUGCAGUUCGCGCGACAUACGAAAAGUACGAUCAUCGGGAACUACUGGCAAACGGUCUCCCAGGUCGUCUCCAACGAAACGCGCCCGAUCCUGGAACAGGCGGAUACGAUGGACGAUGCAGAGGUCAAGCGCUGGGCGAAGCGCAACCUUCAAAACCUCAAGGCUCGCCGCGCCGUGCGAGACCAGCUUGAUGGGCGGACUGCCCUGGACGUUUUGGAGGUGAUACGCAAAUAUUGACCGAUGUAUAUGUCUGGAAGUGAAUUGCAACUUACUGAAAUCGAGUGUCGUCAUGUAUAGAUGACCCUGUAUUCCAU